AUAGAUCAGGUGGCGCCGUGGCGGGUAGACAGAACUAAAAAAAAAAAAAACGAAGGAAAGGAGAAGGCCCUCCUGCCCUUGCUUCCUCCCGUGGCGGCGGCGACUGCUCGGCCCGGCCGCCAUGUCGAUCUGCGGAUACCACUCCCCGCGCUUCUCCGAGGAUAUUGCUUGGCUCCCUCAAUGGCUUCAGCCGUAUGGCACGCCGACGGUUGGCGACCACCGGAACACCACUACCGCCGUUUCAUCACCUUCUUGCCAGAAUUGUGCGUUUGUCGGACACCCUUCGCAGGAGCGUCAGGAUUGUCAGAAUGCCACUGGUGGUUAUAGCGGCUUCAUAUUGCACUUGUCAGGAGAUGAGGACACGGUUGCAAGUUCACCAGUCAGCAGCAAUGUACUACCUUUCUCUUUGCGUUUGUCUUCCGAAAGUGCUGCACAACCGUCCCUGCCUGAAGGUAGUGGUAAUCCUCAGAUGCCAAACUCUGGUACAUGCAAAGGUCCAUCCAAGGGCCUUUGUGCAGAUGGUCAAGAACAAGAGGUCAAUGCUGUCUCCCAGAAUCAGUUCGAGGCUAACAAUCCUCAAGCUGAGAUGCUCACAGUGACAGAAGUGGCUUGCAAGGAGAUCAGUAAACAACUUGAUACAAACAGACACAAAAGGCAUGAUGUCUAUGGUGGAAAGGUUGAUGUUCGAAAACUCCGUAAUGCUGAUGUAAAUGAUGCGAUUGAACUAUCUAUUGCUGCAUCUGAGGCCAUGGUUAUUGCAGAGAUGAUACUUGAUUCUCAGUCUGAUAAAUCGGCUGCAGCUGCUAUAGAAGCUGCUCUACAUGUGAAAGAAGCCCGGAAACAAUUUUACUUUGAGGAGCCAGAACAUGCUUGUGGAUCCUCAGAAGAUGGUCUUGAUGAGACUGAUUGGCUUGCAGAAUUGGAUGAGUCUGAAAUGGUUGACGUAUACCAAGAUGUUGGUCUGUCUCUUGUCCGUAUUGCUUGUUCAACUCAAGAUCAGAACCCAGGUGAUUUGAAGCAACAAAAUUCUCAUCCUAGUUGUCCCCCAUGUGAUGCAGACAUACACAUCUUAUGGGAUUCUUCUUCUGAGAGGCAAAAUAAAAAAUGGAAUAGCCAAAAUGCUGAUAGUGAUGACCAUGUAUCUGAUUCGUUCCCAAAUAAUCAGUCAGCAGGUGUGCUACCAAAUGAACCAACUCCGUGCUCUGAUUCUGUAAAGCAAGCAGCUCUAUGUAAAACAAUUUCAUGCUCAAGAAAUAAGAAAACUGUCCUCCAGGCGUCAACUCAAAAUAAUGCUGCUUUGCAUGGAACCUUGGGAGCUCUAGCAACAUACCAAAAUGUUCAUAAGGAAGUUGCAGGAGUUGCUGCACAGACGAAUGUUUGCAUAAAGAAGCAUGUAAAAGGUUUGUUUGAGGAAGAAAAUAGCUACAUUUCUGAGUCAAUUAGCAUGGAUAAGUGCUGUCCUACUUCUAGAGCAUCAUCCAUGGAAAUUGUCGCCUCUUCAAGGGCAUCUGUUUAUUACAAUGCUGAAGGUCUCCUUGAAGAAAAUCAUCAUGCAGAAACUGAAGAGUUGUGUUGCCAAGUAGUAUGUUCGAGCUUGUCACAGGUGGAUCCUUUAUGUUCCGUUGUUCCAUGCAGCAUAUCUUGCGAUGAAGGUCCCAGUAGCCAGGCAGUCUGCAAGCAGAGUGAAGGCCAUGAAGGUCCGAGUAGCCAGGCUCCUUUGUGCAAAAAGAGUGAAUGCAAUGAAGGUCCCACUUGUCUGACACCUGAACGCGGACAUAGUAAAGGAGAGGAGAAAGAAUUUAUACAUACCAAAGAAUUUCCUAUGAUGCAAUACCUGGAUGGGGAUGCUGGUCCAUCUUGUGUGUCUUUAGUUAAGCCAACAGAUUCUAAUAUUUCAUUCAGGCGAAGAAAAUACAGUUCACUAAGGCCUUUUAGCACAGUAGCAACUAAGUCAAACAUAUUGGCAAGCACUUCAAAUUGUAAUGCUGAUGUUCCAGUUUGUCAGCUGGAGAGAUUCACACCCAUUAUUCUAAAUAAGAAUGUACAGCGUGUCCAAGCUGCUAAGAAAUUCAUACAAUAUAGUGCCGGAGCUGAAAAUUUGCAAGAUUUCUCUGCAGUUCAGAAGCAGACAUAUUAUCCUCAGGAUGACAGUGAGGAUCAAAUCAGGGAGCUACAGGUCCCACGGGAUGUCUUUCCAUCAACUGAGAAUUUGGUUGGUAAACAGCACCUUAAAAGAAAAAGGGUCCAAUUUUCAGAAGCAAAUCAUAGUAGCAGAAGAACCAAGAUCAAUAGAAGGAUCUUGAAUAAAUCAAGAUUCAGUCGAUCAGAUAGCAGAACAGGACAGACACUUGAGGCAAGAGAGUACACUGAUAAUAAAGAAGCCACAUUUCAAGGAGUAGAGUUUCUGUUGACUGGCUUUCCUAAUCAGAAGGAAAAAGAAAUUGAGUCCCUAAUACGAAAAUCUGGUGGCUAUGUACUUUCUAAAGUGCCACCCUUCCCACUUGAUAAAAGAAAGAGCAUGGCUGAGUUUCCAAGCUGGAAGCCUCCCAUAGUACUUUCCCCUAAAAAGAUGUUGCAUCAGGUGUCAACAGCUAAGUUCUUAUAUGGCUGUGCUAUUGAUGCCUGGAUAUUGAAUCCCAAUUGGCUCUUCGAUUCUCUUCAAGCUGGUGUCAUGCUGCCACCUGGAAAGUAUUUAAUUCGACAAAGGAAUGCCCGGAAGCAUAAUUCGUCAUUUGACCGCCCACUUCACCCAAAAUGUAACACAUUGAUAUUUGAUGGAGUAGGAUUCUUCAUCCAUGGCAAAAUCAGCUUCUGUUCAAAAUUUUCCAACAUUGUCAAGCAUGGAGGUGGCCAAGUUUUUAUAUCUCUUCAUGGAUUAGUUCAGAGCUUGAAGGAUGGAAGUACAUCGCAUGGAAUUAUUCUUGUUGCAAGCGCAGCUAGUGCAUCUCGUCAUCUAAGCUAUUGUGGUUUGGAGCAUGACAUAAAGACAGCGGCAGCAAGCUGGAUCAUAGGUAGUUUAUUUUCUGGUAAACUGAUUCCAUUGAAGAAAGAUCGCUGUGCUUCAUUUCGCCGAAUCAAGAUGCCAUCGUUCCAACAAAAGCAACGUAUAUUUGACAUGAGUCAAGAAAUAUGAUCUCUGCUAUACAUCGCAUAGCUAUAAUACCAUGGGAAUCUCAAAUAGUUCUCACUGAAACAUGGCUGCGGCGCAUCACAGCUGCGCAUUCACUCUGAUGAUCCUCUUUUGACUGAAGAGUUUGCCACAGCACAUUUUUGUCACUCAGAAAUUCCUCUGUUCAGCACCAAGGCUAAUUCGUAUUCUUUUGUCACUUCACAAUUGAAGGGGAAGCUAGGAACUAGAGCAUUCUUCAAUCAUGGAUUUACGAUAGUGCGUUCAGGUUAUAGCUGAGAAAGAGUUAGUUACUGCUCGAGGUGAGCAAAGUAUUCAUCUUCCAGCUACAUUAUCCAUUGUCAUUCUGGAGACUUGGUUUCUUAACAACGUGAUACUUACUGGAGGAUUUCCACACCUUAAUAAUGGCAUCAGAUCAGAAUUGUGCAGUCCAGAAUCAACUGUAAGCAGUUUCUUAUAUGUUGUAAAUUGUAACCUGUAAAUCGUAAAUAGAAAUACCAGAGAAAAUCCCCCUCCUCUCCACCCAGUUUGUACUAACCAGUGAUGAGCUGCCUAUUAGGUGUUGUAUUGUAUGGCACGAAAAACACACAAUGGAAAAAGGAUGAGUGUUUCCUCUUGUACUGUCAACUGACCCAAUCCAUGUGUCAAUUGUAAGAUGGGUUCAAGGAUUUCGUUCAAAAAAAAGAUGGUUUUAGUA